AUGAACCCCAACAAUACCUUCACCUGCACUGUCUACUUCUACAAUGGAACGCAAACCAACAAUGUCAGACACAGCAUAAAAGGCCAAAAAGCUCAUAGAGUAAAUCUGAGGUCAUUGAACACGUUUGGCUUUGGCUACAUCCUGUUCCUCUCCAAGAGUGUGCUGUAUGCUCUGAUUAUGGCCGUUCUGGAGCAGCCUCUGAAGCAGCGCCUCAAGAAGAAGCUUCAGAGGUUUGAUGAGAAGCGAGAGGAAUGGGUGGUUGGUCGUAAGAAAAACCACAACACUGCAUCCAUCAAGGAUGAAGCCAAUAUCAUGAGUUGUUUUUUGCUUGUAAUGUAUGAGCCUUUCCUGUUUGCACAUAAAGCUAAACUCACCAUUAGGUUAAAAAUCCUGAAUGGCAAAACUCCAUGCCAUUGGCUACAAACCAGUUCUGCUACUAGGAAAGGAGAACAAAAAAAAGAAAUUAAGUGUGAAAUAUUAACGCCUCGCUGCACACUCUCCACCUUUGCCCAGGACUACCUACAGAAGAUAGGUUCAUUUUAUGAAUACCUUUGUGAAGGAUGGACCCAGGAUUCCAGUGGCAAUGAGGAUCAGCUGAUUACUCUGCAGCUCACACCCUGCGAGGCGGAAUCCACGGAGGGGCAAGUGGAGCAGGUGGAAUCCACGGAGGGGCAAGUGGAGCAGGCGGAAUCCACAGAGGGGCAAGUGGAGCAGGCUGAAUCCACGGAGGGGCAAGUGGAGCAGGCUGAAUCCACGGAGGGGCAAGUGGAGCAGGCUGAAUCCACGGAGGGGCAAGUGGAGCAGGUGGAAUCCACGGAGGGGCAAGUGGAGCAGGCGGAAUCCACAGAGGGGCAAGUGGAGCAGGCUGAAUCCACGGAGGGGCAAGUGGAGCAGGCUGAAUCCACGGAGGGGCAAGUGGAGCAGGCUGAAUCCACGGAGGGGCAAGUGGAGCAGGCGGAAUCCACGGAGGGGCAAGUGGAGCAGGCGGAAUCCACGGAGGGGCAAGAUGUCUUCACAGGGUCAGCCAGGGGCACAGUCUCAAAGCGAAAAAAAAAAGUCAGGGGGACCAAGGCAUAUGCCUGAAAGGAAAAGGCACCAAAAGAGGCAAAGCAGAAAUGCUGGUUGACUGGGAGUCCUGUCCAGUAUGUGGUGAGCAGUGGGCCCAGUCCUGGCAGCCAAAGGAUUCACUCCAAAAUAAUGAAAAUAAAUAAAAUGUAUAUUUAUAACUCCAUUUUGGUUUCAGGCUAUUUAUUAAAUUGUUUCUGUGCUGCAUUUGAAGUCAUAUCUCAUCUUUCUGUAGUAUUGAAAAGGGGAACAUCUCCAAGAAUAUGACCUGGAAUUUAAUCUCGAAAGGGAAUGUACUAGAAAUGUACUUAAUCCAACUGAUUUUUCUAUUUCAGAUGUUAUUCAAAAGCAUGUUUCAUAUUUCAUGAUUAUAAAUUGCACUGUUUUCUGUGCUUUUCAAGUUCACUUAACCUCACAGUCCACUGUUAAGAAAUACAGCCUUAUGGCUUGUUUGACAUGAAGCUAAAAUAUGAAGUUCAACAAAUAAGACUGUCCUUCUUUAUACUCGCACAUUAUAUCAUAUCUUUUACAUUGUGUCUCUCUCACUCUCUUCUACUCCAAACUCAUCAGCUGACUGGGUGUUUUAUGUCUUAAACCAAAUGUAUUUUCAUCUCAACCCUCUUGAGCCAAUCGUGUCAUACAGUAGGUCCCUCCACUGUGCUCAUCAGGAGAAGAGCUCCACAUUCAUCUAGAUCUCAGCAUUGCUACUCACCCCUUCACCACCACCAGUGUCGGCUCCAUGUAGGGGAUAUCCCUUUUCAUAUCAUGCAUUUCUCUUAAAAGAAUGAUGUCUUGAUGUGGUCCAAUUGCCAAAGACUAUAUAGUUUCAAUUUGUUAUGCACCUUGUCAAUAAAUUUGUUUGA